AUGAAGUUCAACCUGCUGGACAUCCUGACUCUUUUGGCAUCCACGGCCCACGCUUUCGUGCCUGGAAACCCAAUUGAUGUCCAGUCUCACCUCAUCUCGGAUCCUCGUGAGGUUGCCGGCAAAGAGUACGACUAUGUCAUCGCUGGUGGUGGCUUGACCGGUCUCACAGUUGCAGCAGAGCUCAGCGCAAACCCCAACAUCAGCGUCCUGGUCAUCGAGAAAGGAUUCUACGAGUCCAACAAUGGCCCGAUUAUCGAGGACCCUAAUACCUAUGGUGAAAUCUUCGAGACCACCGUCGACCAACAAUACUCUACCUCCGAACUCGCGAUCAACAAUAUGACCAUGCCCAUCAAGUCCGGCAAGGGACUAGGUGGCUCGACGCUGGUCAAUGGCGCCUCCUGGACUCGUCCUGACAAAGUGCAAAUUGACUCAUGGGAGAAAGUCUUUGGCAUGGAAGGAUGGAACUGGGACACUGUUUUUGAAGCCAUGAACAAGAUCGAGCGAGCCCGCCCUCCUACCGCAGCUCAGAUAUCCGCAGGACAUUCUUUUGAUCCGUCGUGCCAUGGCUUCAACGGCACUGUCCAUGUCGGUCCUCGUGAUGAUGGAAAGUCCUUCUCUCCCAUCAUGCGAGCCUUGAUGAAUACCACAUCCGACUCUGGUGUCCCAACCCAAAGAGACUUGCUUUGCGGCCAUCCUCGCGGAGUUUCCAUGAUCUACAACAAUGUUGACGAUGAUCAAGUUCGUGGUGACGCCGCUCGCAUGUGGCUUCUUCCCAACUACCAGCGCAAGAACUUGAACAUCCUGACUGGUCAGAUGGUUGGAAAAGUUCUGUUCGAUGACUCCGGUCUCAAGGCUACUGGCGUCAACUUUGGCGUAAACAAGGCUGUGAACUUCAAUGUUUCUGCAAAGCAUGAAGUCUUGCUGGCUGCCGGCUCCGCCAUCUCCCCUCUCAUCCUCGAGUACUCUGGCAUUGGACUAAAGUCUGUUCUUGACAAGGCCGGCAUUGAGCAACGUUUGGAAUUGCCUGUCGGUCUCAACAUGCAAGAUCAAACGACCACGACUGUGCACUCUCGUGCCAAUGCCCAAGGACAAGGACAGGCAGCCUACUUUGCCAACUUCACCGAGGUUUUCGGUGACGAUUCCUCUCACGCCAUUGAACUCCUCAACAACAACCUCGACAAAUGGGCCGAAGAGACCGUUGCCCGCGGUGGAUUCCACAAUGUGACCGCUUUGAAGAUCCAGUACUCAACCUACCGUGACUGGCUUCUUGAGGAAGACGUUGCCUUUGCAGAACUCUUCAUGGACACACUGGGUAACAUCAACUUUGACGUCUGGGAUCUCAUUCCUUUCACUCGCGGCUCAGUUCAUGUUCUGAGCAACGAUCCCUACCUCCUCCAAUACGCCAAUGACCCCAUGUUCUUCCUCAAUGAGCUUGAUCUCCUCGGUCAAGCUGCUGCUACCAAGCUUGCUCGUGAACUUUCAUCAAAAGGCGUCAUGAAGCAGUACUUUGGUGGAGAAGUGCUGCCCGGAGACAAGCUGGAUCAAGAUGCCGACCUGGACCAGUGGGUGGCCUACGUGCAGCAAAACUUCCGACCUAAUUACCAUGCCAUCGGAACUUGCUCGAUGAUGUCGCGGGAACUUGGUGGUGUUGUUGAUGCCAAUGCCAAGGUCUAUGAUACUCAGGGCCUUCGUGUUAUCGAUGGAUCUAUCCCACCCACUCAGGUGUCUGCUCAUGUCAUGUCCGUGUUUUAUGGUAUGGCAUUGAAGAUCUCCGAGUCUGUGCUGGCCGACUAUGCCCGUUCAUCGUAG